AACUGCAAAGUGUCUUUGAAAACAUGGAUGGAGAUAGUGGUCCUAAUGAGCCAGGACCAAGCAGGAACAUAGCAGGUGGACCUCACUUCAUGUCAGAACGCAUGGACCUUGUUCCUCCAUCCAGGCCAAGAGAUGAGGAUGAUGAUUCUGAAUAUGGUGUACGUAGGAGCAUCGGCUGUGAACAGCUAGCAGAUUGGAAUGCACAGUUGUAUGAGAAAAGUUAUGUGAAAUGUCCACUUCCCAAUUGUGGUAUAAUGUUCCAUGGAGCUACACAGAUUCAGAAUCACUAUGUCAACUGCACAGGAAGAUGUGAUGAUGCCAUCAUUGAGUGCAACCACUGCCAAGCUAUUGUAACAGCAGACCAAAUUCAACAACACUUGAAGAUAAUGCACCGUUUAGACCAGUCGCCACAGCCAAGCAGUGACUCUGGUAGCAGUGAGGUUGCCAGAGCAACAGGAAUCAUGGAGAGAGAGCGCAGACCAAGCCAAAAGAGUGGCGUUGGAUCAUCAGUUGUAGGUGCUGAAGAGGAGGAUGGAAGAGACUUUCAAAUAUCUGAAAAUUGUGUUGAAACCAAAGAUCAUCAUUCUUUUAAGUUUGUUAAUCAAGACCAAAUGGAAAGGCAGUGGGUUCAUGAACUUAAUGCAUCAGGAUGUGCCACCUGCCCAGUAGAAGGAUGCCAUCUCACCUUCCCAUCCAUGUCUGGCAUCAUACAGCACUUUCAACAUUGCCUGGGAAAGUCACAAGAGCCUUUUAUGUGUGAGCUGUGUAGUAAAAGGUUUGCAACAGGCAGAAUGCUGAAUGAUCAUAUGAUGCACAUUCAUGGUGAUGAUAGGGUAAAUAUUCGUGUUCGUAACCUAGAUACAAGUGUACCUGAUUAUAGCAUGAGGAGAAGGGUAGUGGAAGGAGAGGAUUCUGAGAGAAGAAGAUCUGGAAAUGGUCAUGUUUUCAACCCAUUGUCUGUUGAGGAGGAAGUAGCUUUAAAAUCAACAAAUGAUCGUCACUGGAAGCAGAGAGAUUAUAUUUUGGUUUCUUCUGCACAUGAAUCAGAGUCGUCCUUAAGUGAUUGUUACUUACCUCAGCAUCAGACUUCCCAGUCUGUAUAUAAUGUGCCAAAGAAUCAUACUCACCAUAGAGAUAUAUCUGGAACGGGUCCAAGUACAUAUAAUGUAGCCUCAUCAAGAAAAACUCAUCAUUCAGUUCCUUAA